GCCAUGGAGAAAGAGGAGGAAGGGAAUAGGGAGAGAGUGGAGGUAGGAGGGUAAAAGCAAGAGAGAACAAGAAGAGGGGGCAAGCAUCCCCUUUUAUAGUGUCAGUUAUACCUAACUGUUGCCAGGUAACUGUAGGGCGGAGCUUAGACAGAAAGCUAACAGAGCCAGGAUAGGAGGAUUGAGAAACUGACAGGCCAGAGAGAAAGAACCCACCCUCACCUCAGGGGUAGAUGUUCCACCUGGCCUCCCAUGAUCGUGAUAAAGAUAAAGGAGAGGCAGAAAGGACCACUCGGAGCCCUAGGCAUACCUCAGGGAACAUCUCUGUCUCUGCUCUUAAGGAGCAGAUCACCACAGCAUAAGAAAAGCACCAGGCUUGUGCUUCCUACCAACUCUUGGCAGGCACCACCUAGGGCAGUGGUUCCCAACCUUCCCAAUGCUGUGACCCUUAACACAAUUCCUCAUGCUGGGGUGACCCUCCCCCAACCAUAAAAUCACCUCUGUUGCUACUUCAUAACUGUAAUUUUGCUAGUGUGAUGAAUCGUAAUAUCAACAUCUUUGUUUUCCAGUGAUCUCACAAGCCACCGUGUGAGAACCACUGACUUAAGAGAUGGAGCCAAAUUUCCUUUUUUAUUGUGUGAUCUUGGGACAGUACUGUAUCCAUCCCCUCUUCAUCCACCAUUUAAGGGAGAAGCUACUUUGCUGGACAGAGAUGAAUGCUAGGAGAAAUUCUGGGUCUAGGGGUUUAUGAUAACCUGGGCAGCAUAACAAAGCUGGCAGAGGGGAGGGGAGGGGAAAGGAAAGGAGAGAGGGCGUGGCUACUGUCCCUUUCGUCUCUGAGAUCCCUUAGUAAAGAGAAUAUAUGUGAUGCCCUCCAGCUCUGAUUUCUUCUCUGGACAGGUCUCCCCACUGGGAGCCUCUUUGAUUGCCAUCAUAAAUCCGCCUAAAACACAUGCCAUAGAAAACUAGCACAGCCUUUUAGGUUGAACAGACCAACAUGUACAUCCCUGGCUCCCUGGGCUCCUCCCUCUUGUAAGAGGGAGUCAUAAUGGUACCCAUGGUAUCCAUGUUGCCUGGCUCAAGAAAGAAUUCACUGACGUGGGAAAGCAAGGUGCUCUGAGGGGGCCUGGUGGGCUGGGCGCAUGCCCAGUCGCUGAGGCUGUGGGAUACCAACAGUUUCACCUCCGAUAUAUGCAUGUUAUAUGUUAUAUGUAUGUGUAUGUGUGUAAACACACACUGAUAAUCAGACAAGUCUGGAAGCUCAGGAGUCCAAGCUGAACACGUCCAGUCUUGGCCACCUCCUCUUGAUGUCCUGUCACAGCGGGAGAGAGAACUCGUUGGUGUCUUCUAAGGGAGCCAUGAGGGGCUACCUUCCAUUCUCCCAUCCCAAGAGGCCUCUCCUCUGUACUCCAUGGCAACACUGGUUAGGGCUUCGACAAGGGAAGCAGGGAGGAGUGUACACAUUCAGGCAAUGUAUAUAGCCAAGAGCUUGCUGUGCUGGACCCCGCCGGUCACUCUACCACGACCACAACACAACCAAGUUUGUCCUUGCAAAAUUCUCAUUCGAGUUAAAUAACAGAAAGGUAUGCUUCGGCCACAGAGCGGCGGGGAGAAAGGGUGCAACGUAGAAAACGCCUGCUACCCACUUGGUGUGUGUGCCGAGCGGACCGCCAUCCAGAAGGCCAUCUCUGAAGGCUACAAGGAUUUCAGGGCUAUUGCCAUUGCCAGUGACUUGCAAGAAGAGUUCAUCUCUCCCUGCGGAGCCUGCCGACAAGUCAUGAGAGAGUUUGGCACCAACUGGGCUGUGUACAUGACCAAGCCCGAUGGCACAUUCGUAGUGAGGACGGUCCAGGAGCUGCUGCCGGCCUCGUUUGGGCCUGAAGACUUGCAGAAGAUUCACUGAAGGUUAGAGAAGAGAAUGUCCGCUGAAUGUGCGAGUCCAGGUGCCCUACCUAAGGAACAGCUCUUGGAAGACUUCAUAAUGAAGACACCAUGACGAUGCUGUCUCUGCCUGGGCCCUGGGGACACUUACCACAUGGGUCCCAAAUGGCUAGGCAAGGGAGACCUUGUUUCACACUCCACAGCUUCCCCUAGAGUGAUGAUGGAAGGUGCCACUUACCUGGGCCAAAGCCCUCACCCUCCUGGGGUCUCAGAACACCCCAUUCCUUCUUCUCCCGAAGGCCCUGGCAUUCCAGGCUUGGUCUGCCUUCCACGGCUCCGUCGUGUGAGUCUUCAGAUUAUAAACACCACAGCAUGUCCUGAUGACGAA